CAGAAUCAUCCAAAUAAGGACCUGAGGAUGAGUUAGUUGAGUUGCACCUUCACAUGCCAAACUCAAUGAAACCAUUCACUUAGGAACCGAACCAUGGCGUUAACGUUCGGUUCACUGACUCCUAAUUCCAACACCUUGUGUCUCACUCUCACCACACCUCCCCUCAACAACCUCAUCACUAAUCAUCGUACUAAUUUUGUGUUCUGUGGCCGAAGUGUCAGCUAUGGACACUCUCUGUCUUAUUCACACCAAAGGGCUUCUUCCUUUGCCACUAUUGUCUGUUCUGCUGCCAAUAAACCAUCUCCAUCUGAAAUUAGCUCUACAGCCAAGAUAAGGAGCGAGGUUCUCUCUCCCUUUCGGUCUGUUAGGAUGUUCUUUUAUAUUGCUUUUGUUGCAAGUGGUGCUCUGGGGGGAUUCAUAGCACUCACGCAACUAAUUGGUGCACUGGCUAAUUCAUCAAGAGCGUCUGAAAUCCCUGAAAUUGCAAAGGGCCUUGGCAUUGACAUUGCGGCAGUAUCUUUAUUUGCUUUCUUGUACUUCAGAGAGAACAAAGCAAAGAAUGCACAAGUGGCUCGCCUCUCGCGAGAGGAAAUCUUAUCAAACCUUAAGCUUCGUGUGGAUGAGAAGAAGAUCAUUCCUGUGAGCUCAUUGAGAGGGAUUGCACGUCUUGUCAUAUGCGCUGGCCCUGCAUCCUUCAUAACUGAGUCUUUUAAACGUAGUGAACCUUUCACCGAAAGUCUUUUGGAUAGAGGAGUGCUUGUUGUGCCCUUUGUAACAGAUGGAAAUUCACCUGCGUUAGAGAUUGAUGAGACUGAGGAACUUGCUUCAAGAAGGAAGAGACUUUGGCAACUGGCUCCGGUUUACAUCACUGAGUGGUCCAAGUGGUUAGAUGAGCAAAAGAGGUUAGCUGGUGUAUCUUCUGAUUCUCCAGUGUAUCUAUCCCUACGCCUAGAUGGUCGUGUUCGUGGCAGUGGUGUUGGUUAUCCUCCUUGGAAUGCUUUGGUUGCACAAUUACCACAAGUAAAGGGAAUCUGGACUGGCCUACUAGAUGGCAUGGAUGGUAGAGUUCUUUAGUGCUUUUUUCUACUUCUGAAAGCACAAAACAAAAAGUUCAGCCCUCUUUUUCUUCAUUUUCUUUUUCUGGUUUUGUUUCCUAUAGUGGGCAAUCCGUUAAACUUUUAUGAUUUGGUUUUAAUAUAAUUUUUGGCUUGAUCUUCCUGUUAACGAUGUGUUUAGUGGCUAUUGGCUCAAAUUAAGACUAUUUACAUUUUGGGAAAAUUAUGUUCACCACCCUUAAAGUUUAAUAAAACUACACCUGAUAUCCUUCUCUUUUUCUA